UCACGCGGAAGGGAGCCCCCGGAGCGGUGAGACCUGGGAAUGGGCGUUUCGGUUCUUUUUGUUCAUUGAACCCUGGCAGCUCUGUCUACUUAAAAGGAGAGGUGCAAAGGUUUAUUCCGCUUUUGGUGGUGAACAUCCUCUAGUAUCUUCUUAAAAGGGUGUGUGGAAGGACAAAGAACUUGGAUAAGCACCCAUUUGUUCUCUGACACGUUCUUUCCUGUUUUAUUCUCCUGGAGGUGAUUUGAUGUGUGCUCACUGUUUCCUUCAGUGCUUGGCAGGUCACUGUGAAGGUUCAUCACCUUUUCCCUUUUUCCAAGAUGGCUCAAGAUUCAGUAGGCUUUUCUUCUGAUUAUCAGUUUUGGCUGCAGAAGCUUUCUGUGUGGGACCAGGCCUCCACUUUGGAAACCCAGCAAGAUACCUGCCUUCACCUACCUCGAUUUCAGGAGUUCCUGAGACAGAUGUAUGAAGUUUUGAAAGAGAUGGAUUCAAAUACGAUCAUUGAAAGAUUCCCCACAAUUGGUCAACUGUUGGCAAGAACUUGCUGGAAUCCUUUUAUCUUAGCAUUUGCCAAAAAAAUUCUAAUAUGGUGCUUAUGUUGUUUGAUUAAUAAAGAACCACAGAAUUCUGAAGAAUCGAAACUUAACUCCUGGACACGGGGGUUGUUAUCUCAUAUACUUUCGGCAUUCAGAUUUGAUACAAAAGAAGUUGGUCUUUUUACUCAAGGUCUUGGAUAUGCACCUGCAGAUUACUGUCCUGGUUUGCUUAAAAAUAUGGUUUUAUCAUUAGCGUCUGAACUGCGAGAGAAUCAUCUUAAUGGAUUUAACACUCAGAGGCGAAUGGUUCCUGAAAAAAUAAGGUUCCUGUCACGAGUUUGUAUACCACUUGUAACUCUACCAGAUAUUGAACCCCUGGUGGAGGCUCUGCUCACCUACCAUGGAUAUGAACCUCAGGAAGUGCUCUGGCCUGAGUUCUUUGAUGCUGUGAAUGAGGCCUUUCUGCUGAAGAAGAUUUCUCUCCCCACAUCAGCUGUAGUCUGCCUCUGGCUUCGGCACCUCCCCAGCCUUGAAAAAGCAACACUGCAUCUUUUUGAUAAGCUAAUCUCCAGUGAGAGAAAUUUCCUGAGAAGGAUCGAAUGCUUUUUGAAAGAUUCAUUACUGCCUGAAGCAGCCUGCCACCCUGCCAUAUUCAGAAUUGUUGAUGAAAUGUUCAGGUGUGCACUUCUGGAAACCGACGGAGCCCCAGAAGUACUAGCUGCUAUUCAAGUGUUUACAUGGUGCUUUGUGGAAGCUCUGGAAAAAAAAAACAAGCAGCUGAAGUUUACAUUCAAGACCUACUUUCCUUAUGCUUCUCCAUCUCUUAUUAUGGUGCUGCUCCAACACCCGAAAGAGAUCCCACAAGAACUGUGGCACCAGCCACUGAAACAUAUUUCUGAAAUGCUCAGAGAAAUAGUUGAAGACCAGACUCACGGGUCCUACGGAGGCCCCUUUGAGUGCUGGUUUUUGUUCAUUCACUUUGGAGGAUGGGCUGAUAUCGUGGCUGAGCAGUUAGUGAUGUCAGAAGCUGAACCCCCUGAGGCCCUGCUGUGGCUCUUGGCAUUCAGCUACAGCCCACGUGACAGGAGUCUGCAGAGAACACAGACCAUGAUAGAGGUAAAGGCAGUGCUCGGCCACCUCAAGAAGCUGUUCAGAAGUCCGACUCUCUCAGCCAAGGAUCUGCAGGCAGCAGCUGCAGAGAGCCGAGACAGAGACCCCAGACCACCUUUGUGUCAACAGCUGAUCAGGCGCCUCAUCCUGAACUUCCUGCUCUGGGCUCCUGGCGGCCAUGUGAUUGCCCGGGAAGUCAUCACCCUUAUGGCUCCAACUGAUGAGUUAACCUACGAGAUGACUGGCUUGCUUGACCAGACCUUGUACAGAUGGGAUCAUCUCUGCAUGGAAGCCCCGAGGUCGAGAAAACUGGCCAGAGAGCUCCUCGCGGAGCUGCGCUCGGCUGGCACAGCCCGUUGACCACAGAGCUGCCGUGCAGGGACCAGGCUCCCCGCGGCCUCGUGAUGCGAUGAUGAGACCAUUUCUUCGUGGAAUGAGUAGUGAGAAUGAGCCAGACAUCUUGGCAAGAUCUGCUAGCACAUAUUUUAUGAAGUGAGAAGACAGGUUCUUAACCCAAACUCCAUCCAGUUUAUUGUUCAUGACUGGAUUGUGCCUUGAGCAUUCCCUACCUGCUCAGCCCAGCUGCCAGAGAAUCACUAAAGAAAAAGCUUAGAUAGGAGAACAGAUUUUUGUUUCCGUUUUCCCUCGUAUCAAACCAAGAUACACAACUAUUAUUUGAGUGGUUCAAAGUCUUUGGACCACGAGAUGGGUCAUGAACCACUGAUCGAUUUAGAAUGUAACUUAGUCCUUUUCCACAGGUCUCUCUUUUCAGAAGUCAUGUUAUUAUUAUUGGUGUUUCUUUUGACCCGCAGGGAUUUGAGAUAAAGCCACACUGUCUUGCUUCCCUAAGAAAUUCUUCAUCGAGGUGUCUCUCAGGCACCUCAGAAGGGAAACAGAGCCUGCUCGAGACCGACAGCAAAGUGGUAGUGCCCGGGACCACUGCUCAGCGGUGGAGGACAGCUCUGCCUGCCAGAGGGAUAAAACCAGUUCCAGUAGGAACUGUAUUUGCUUUGUUUGCUAAACAUUGCCACCAGAGGGGCUUGUGUGACCUCAAGGAUGGCUGAAAGGGGAGAGUAUAGGACAUGUUCUGGAAACAUUAAAAGAGAUUACGGAUUAGUUGUCCAGUUAACCGAAGUGGGAAUUCAAAAUUUUUUUUUUUUAAGAUUUUAUUUAUUUGAGAAAGAGAGCACAAGUGGGGGGCAGG